AUGCGGCCUGCAGAUCCCCCAAAAUCAAGGACGCCAGCCGCGCCCUUGGGAACCGGGAGGACGGGAAGCGGCAGCUGCGCGGAACCAGGAGGAUGGGAGGCAGCAGCCACGCCGGGCCCCAUUGAAAACGAAACCAACCGUGAGGGGCCAGCCAGCGGAACCCGCGGGCGCACCCAGCGUGAGCCAAACCCUCGGAUCCCCGACUCCACUGUGGCCCUACCCCUGCGGGAAAUAGGACCCCCCGAUGAAGCAGGCAACCCCCGACUCCAGUAUUGGCCCUUUUCCACCAGUGACCUUUACAACUGGAAAACAUAGAACGCUCCAUUCUCUGAUAACCCUAAAGACCUAAUAGCUCUUUUAGACAGUGUCAUGUUCACCCACCAGCCCACCUGGGACGACUGUCAGCAGCUCCUCCGCAUCCUGUUCACUACAGAGGAGCGAGAGAGGAUCCAAUUAGAAGCAAGAAAGCUGGUUCCUGGAGACGACGGUCGGCCGACAUCUAACCCUGACCUCAUUAAUGCAGCUUUCCCCCUAACCAGACCUCCACAGGACGAAUGGGACUACAACACGGCAGAAGGUAGGGGAAGGCUACUCAUUUAUCACCAGACUCUGAUGGCGGGUCUCCGGGCUGCAGCUCACAAGCCCACCAAUUUGGCUAAGGUAUAUUCGGUCGUACAGGGAAAGGCAGAGAGUCCAGCUGCUUACUUAGAGAGAUUAAUGGAAGCCUUUAGGCAGUUUACCCCUAUGGAUCCAGAAGUUCCUGAGAACCAGGCUGCUGUCAUUAUGUCCUUUGUAAAUCAAGCAGCUCCUGACAUUAGAAAAACAAAACAAAACAAAACAAAACAACUCCAAAGGCUAGAGGAUUUAGAAGGUAAACAGAUCCAGGAUCUGCUCCGUAUAGCACAACGGGUCUACAACAACAGGGACGCCCCAGAAGAGAGACAGAUCAAGGCCACAGAGAAAAUGACUAAAGUCCUGGCCGCUAUAGUCCAGAAAGAACAGCCACCCCCAGAAGGCACUCAAACAACACGCCCUCCCAGGUGGCACUUAGAUAAAGAUCAAUGCGCCUAUUGUAAAGAAAAAGGCCAUUGGAUACGAGAAUGCCCAAGAAGAAACAACCCCGCCCCAGCCAAGGAGGACUGUGGACUUAGGAACUGGGAAGGUAACCCACUCCUUCCUGGUCAUUCCCGACAGCCCCUGCCCCCUGUUGGGGAGGAAUUUGCUUACCAAAAUGGGGGCCCAAAUUCAUUUCCAACUGGGGGGAUCGCCAGCGGGGAGCGGGGGCGGGGCCACGGCUCUCGCAGCGGCGGGCAACGCUGUAGCGUCCCGCGGGGCCGCCAGGGCACGCAUCCCCGGGGCGCAGCCCUGAGCGCGACUCGGCCUCGGCGCGAGCCGCCCCGACAGGGCAAAGGGGGCCGAGAGGACUUGCAGGACCAACCAUUAUUGGAUGCGGACACCAUCUGGUUCAUCAAUGGAAGCAGCUUCGUUCACCAGGGACAAAGGUAUGCGGGGGCGGCCAUAACUUCAGAAACCGAGGUCGUUUGGGCAGAAGCCCUACCCCCCCGAACCUUGGCCCAGAAGGCUGAACUAAUAGCCUUAACCCAGGCCCUAAAGUUAGGAAGAGACCGCAAGCUAACUGUGUACACUGAUAGCCGAUAUGCCUUCGCCACUGCUCAUGUACAUGGGGCGAUAUACAGAGAACGGGGGCUCCUCACAGCUGAAGGGAAAGACAUCAAAAAUAAAGAAGAGAUUCUAACCCUGCUAGCAGCCUUAUGGGAGCCCAAAAAGCUAGCUAGGGCAAUUGUGCAUUGCCCAGGACACCAGAAGACAACUGACCCAGUUUCCCGGGGCAACAAUUUGGCCGAUCAGACGCAAAAAACAUAG